AUGGACCCCGCUCUGCGCGGCGACGCUCUACGCAUGCAAGCAAGCUCAUCCAGCCCUUCGAAAUCUCCCGCUCUAACUACCCCUCCACCCACACUCGCGUACUGCGGGACCCUUCAGCACCGUCGACAACACCAGCCUGCCACGCUGGUGCCUCCUUCGACUUCCGCACAACAGCCUCAUGAUGGCGGCACUCCACCUGAAGCUCGCGAGCGUGCACAUUUCCCUCAUUUCAUCCCUCACUGA